ACUUUGCUAGUUUAGAUCUAUGCUUGAAGGCGGAAGUGGCUGCAGCAGCAGCAGCAGGCUUCCGAGCGAAGAUGAAGCGCGCCCGGACGGCAGCCGCAGGGAAAAUAUGUGGCAGGAAUGCUGUUGCUGAAUCAAGUGACGAUUAUGUUGUGGGGCAAGUGGCCGGCAGCCUCUUUCAAAACAAAUCUGCAGCAUGUGAUUCAGAUGUCCUCCUACAACUCUUUAGUGCUCCUGGGGCUGAAAAACAGCCGAUGUAUGUUGCUGUGGCAAAAGAAAGUAAAAAACGCAACCUUAAAGAAGAGGAAAUUGUCACAGAAAUUCAAGAUUCAUCAGCUAAAAGACAGCCUUUUAAAAAAAUGAAGAAAUCUCAGAAAGAUACCUCUCUAGCAAAUGAAACAGUAGCAAACAGGGCUACCAAACUUUUUCCAACCUCAGAGGAAGCUGCUCAAAUUAAAAAAAAGAAAAUCCAAGUUAACCUGGCUAAAGAAAAGUUAAAGAACAAGAGGACUCUUUUUGUGGGGAAUUUACCUGUUUCUUAUACAGCACAAAUGCUGAAAGCAUUUUUCAAAGACUAUGGACAAAUUGAAUCAAUUCGUUUCCGUUCUUUGAUUCCAGCAGAAGAUGCAAUAUCGAAAAAAAUGGCUGCUAUAAAGCAAAAACUACACCCUAAUAUGAAGUAUGUUAAUGCUUAUGUUGUUUUCAAGGAGGAAUCUGCAGCAAAUAAUGCCUUAAAAUGUAAUGGAACAGAAAUUACCAGUGGAUUCCACAUCAGAGUUGACCUUGCUUCAAAAUCUACUUGUCAUGAUAACAAAAGAUCAAUAUUUGUAGGAAAUCUGCCGUAUGAAAUUGAUGAUGAGACUGUAAGAAAUCACUUUUUGGAAUGUGGAAAUGUGACAGGUGUACGAAUUGUGAGAGAUCGAAGCACAGGCAUCGGCAAAGGAUUUGGUUAUGUUCUAUUUGAGACCACAGAUGCUGUACACCUUGCUCUGAAACUAAACCAAUCUGAAUUACAAGGAAGAAAGCUAAGAGUGCAACAUUGUGUAAAAAGAGAGAAAGAAGAACAGAAGAAAUCAAACAAAAAUGCAAAGAGCUCUAUUCGAUUGAAAUUCACAAAGACUACUUCUCUAAAUAAAUCAGAAGGAUCUACUAAUUCUUUUGUUGGUGAAAAGGCAGACCCAGUGAAAAAGAGCAAAAAAGCAAAAUCAAAAAACAGCAUGAAAAUGAGGAAACCCAAAUGAUACAGUGUUAAGAUACUUUUGUAAUGUUAAAAUACUUUUAAAUAAAAUUUAUCACGUAGACAAUCUUUUGGAAUUCUUGAUCUCCACUUUCACAAUUUAGAAGCUCAUCUAAAUUAAUUUGCAAAGGUAACAUUGGAAGAUAAAUUAAAAAUGUCACACUAGAAAUUUAUCACUAUUUUAGUAUCUUUCAACUAUUAUUCUUAUAAUGUAAAUAAAUACCAGAAAGCCUUUCUUAAAGGGUUCUAAUAACAGGCAAUUAAUUAUUUACAAGUGUGUUCUUUGUAAUGUUUAUUUGUCCUUUCUGUUAAAUAUGUGUACAUUAACAUUAUGAAUAAAUUGGAAAGUGGUUUAAAGCUUA